CACAAUCAAAGAGACGCGUGUUCGAACAGCUGUGACGUCACGCUUCUAAUUAGCCCGUAGUCUAGAGGACAGCGGCGAUUGCACGUGCAAGACCCAAGAUGGCGACCAAAGAAGCUUUAAAGCUGCUUGCUCCAAAGAGUUUCGCAUCUCAAGAUUAUCACGGAGUUAAAAACCAAGCUUCGAGCUCUAGCGAAAGCGAGAGUGAAGAUGAGGGAUCUAAGCGCCAAAAUGUCAUUAAGGCUAUUGAAAACCUUGACAAGAAAAAGAGAAAGAGACAACUUCGCUCUGAGCCAAGUCAACAAGUCUCUGAGUUCAACCUUGCUAGUAAUACAGAGACUGAUAAAGUUGAUGUGAGUGACCUAGUUGGCUUACUCCCUAAAAGCUCCACCUAUGGACGACUCAAGAAAAAACUGGCGAGUAUGGAAAAGAGUGCUUCUCCCAUGGAUCUUCCACUUCAAAAGCCACAAGCUGAGAAAAUCCAGCGCACAGUGGCAUAUGACGAGACCAAGACAGACAUCACCAAAUGGCAGCCAAUUGUCAAGAAGAACCGAGAGGCUGAACAUCUCACCUUUCCUUUGAACCCUUACAAACCAGCAGAGAUAACAACAAAGACUUUAGCUGUCACCUUCAAGCCUCGUACACCCUUGGAGGAGGAAGUGGCGGCCAUCUUGCGCGGCAGUUUCAAGGUGAUCGAGAGAGAAAAUAAGGAGCUGACAGAGGAAGAGGAGCAAGCCCUCCUAGCCAUGGAUCUAGAGGAGGCAAAGGAGAGGAGGCGGGAGCUUCAACGUAUGCGUGCCUUGCAGUCCUACUAUGAGGAGAAAUGCAGAAGAGCAAAGAAAAUAAAAAGCAAGAAAUAUCACCGUGUGAAGAAAAGAGCAGAGAAGCGAGCUGCAGGCAAACAGAAUCUAGAGGAGCUGCAGAAGUCUGACCCAGACAAAGCACGUCAGGAACUAGAGAAGCUUGAGCGAGCAAGGGCAGAGGAGCGGGUGUCUUUGAAGCAUCGCAACACAUCCAAAUGGGCCAAAAGCCUGUUGGUACAUGGAAACAAGGAUCCAGAGGCAAGGAAAGCACUUCAUGAUCAGAUGCUACUGAGUCGACAGCUCACUGAAAAACACCAACAGGAGUCUGACUCUGAAGACUACGAGGAACCUGAUCCCGAUCAACAUGACGUCACUUCCGAUGGGUUUGGGGGCCUGGUUACAAGUGGGGACAACCCUUGGAGCAUUGACAAGACUGGCGACCAAGUGAGGUCUGGGGUAGACCCAGAUGAGCCCGAGCCCAUAACAAAGCUACAACGGCUUCAGCCAAUCAAAGAUGAGAACAAUCGAGAUAUUGAGGGGGAGGGGGAUAGUAGCGAAGGCGAGAAAGAUGACGACGACGACUUCGAGCUACAACUCGCCAAACCCGAACCAGAAGGCAAAAAGGGUACGAAAAGAGGGAAGAAGAAGACGAGUAAAGACGCGACCGAGGAAAGCGAGGCCCCGAACAAAAAGAGAAAGGAGAAAAAGAAGAAGAAAAAGAAGAAGAAAGCUAGCAGCAAAAUCGAACCGACGGAAACCGCAGAGACAGAUGACGUCACCGAGCGUGCUGGACUGUUGUUAGGCAACGAUGCUAUAGACGAAGAUGAUGAUGAUGACAGAGACUCUAAAGAAGAUGAUGCCGAGGAUGCGAGGCAAGAAACAGCGCGAAGAAAUGCGAAAACUUUGGACCUCAACAAGAGCAACCCAUUAAACAACGGUGUGACUAUUGACCCCAAGAAAAUCUUCCGAAUAGAGGACACCGGAGAUUCUACUGGCGGAGACGAGUCACGUGGCCAAAUCCUAAGCAUCCAGCAGGCGUUUGCUAAUGAUGACGUCAUCGAAGAGUUCGCCCGCGAGAAGGAUCAAGCGAUUGACUCGUCGAAGCCGAAAGACUUGGACUUAACCUUGCCUGGCUGGGGAGACUGGGGCGGAGCGGGGGUUAAGGUCUCGGAGAAGAAAAAGGCAAAGUUUAUGAUCCGCGCAGAGCCUGGACCCGACCGGAAAGACAAGAAUUUGGCUCACGUGAUAAUUAAUGAAGAAAGAAACCGGAAGUUCGCCCGCAACCAGGUGAAGACGGCGCCUCACCCCUACAGGAGUAGGACACAAUUUGAGCGAAGCAUACGUAACCCUGUUGGUAAACACUGGAACACAGCGAAUACCGUCAAGGAACUAACGAAACCAAGGGUGGAAAUACAGAUGGGUGCCAUCAUCGAACCGAUUACUGCUCCUAAACAAUUCAAGCGCCGGGCGAUAAUGGAUGGACCUCUGGGUGUUAAGAAGAGGGGAGCAGUUAAGGGCGGUGACGGCGAUUCGUUAGUUAUACAUGCAUAACGAAACCAAGGGUGGAAAAAAAGUUGGUGCCAUUAUCAAACAGAUUACUACUUCUGAGCAAUCCAUGCGCCGGGCGAUAAUGGAUGGAGCUCAGGGUGUUAAGAAAAGGGGAGCCGAUUACUGCUCUAAGCAAUUCAAGCGCCGGGCGAUAAUGGAUGGAGCUCAGGGUGUUAAGAAAAGGGGAGCCGAUUACUGCUCUAAGCAAUCCAUGCGCCGGGCGAUAAUGGAUGGAGCUCAGGGUGUUAAGAAAAGGGGAGCCGAUUACUGCUCUAAGCAAUUCAAGCGCCGGGCGAUAAUGGAUGGAGCUCAGGGUGUUAAGAAAAGGGGAGCCGAUUACUGCUCUAAGCAAUUCAAGCGCAGGGUGAUAAUGGAUGGAGCUCAGGGCGUAAAGCAGUGACAGUAGCCUAAAAUAGGAAUUAAUUGGAGAUUAAUUGGACUGAGCAAAGAUUCAAGCUUUGCAUUCAAAAGCAUUUGUUUUGUUUUGUUUUGUUUUGUUUUGUUUUGCAUUGCUGCCCAUCUGCAGUGUGGAUAACACAAUCAAAUCGGAUUUGUAAACCUAGGUUUUAAAAUUUGUUUUUCGAUAAAAACCUGUCAUGGUU